AAGAGACUCAUCUCAUUUGCGCCCGACCCAUUGCCAGCACUACUUUGUAAUAACAACGCAUCCGCGCCCCCGCGAUCCUGACUGCAGUCCUCCACCAUCAUGUGGAGCAGAUUGACUGGUAGCUCUGCUGCCUCCAACAGCAACAAGGACGAGGAAAGUCGCCGCCGCCGUACUAGCGACUCAACGCGUUCCAAGCGCGACCCAGACGCCCGCUCCAUCGUGUCAUCGUCGACGACGCGCAAGCCAUCGACAUCCAAACGUGACUCUGCGCCUUCCGCGUCCUCGAUUGCCUCCUUCACGACUGCCUUCGACGAGAUGCCGCGCCCACGGGCCACAACAAACAACACCAGCGAUCCCUACGACGACGACAACAAGCGUCGCGACGAUCGCCGCAGCAGCUAUGCCGAGUCGUCCAGCUCGACACUGCGCGACGACAAGGACCGCAAGACGGGCAAGGCCAAGGACAAGAAGCUCGAGAAGCGCCGCUCGACGCGCUCAGUGCGGUCCGGCAGCUUGUCGCAAACUGGCGCCGGCUACAGGGGCGAGAUUGUUGACAGUCCCAAGUCGGUCCAGCGCAGCUUCAGCGGCCAGAUUGGCAGCGACGGCUUCUCUCAGUUCCCAGGACAGGCAGGAGCGCCCAUGAUGUCGGGCGCUCUGCCAGUAGGAAGCCACCCACCACACCCCGACGACAUGGACAGUCACGUGCAGAGCCAGUUCCCCGGCCAGGACCCUCUGCAAUACACCUCGAGCGCGCUGCCUGGCGGCCAUCCGUUUGGAGCGGCUGCCGACUUCUACAACGACCAUGGCCAGUCUGUGCACCAGCAGCCUGGCGUGAGGCCCCAGCCGCCCUCUGUCAUCAUAGGACAGGAUACCCCCCAUCUCAUGUCUGCCUCCGCGCAGCCCAAUCCCGUUGCCGACACCGGAUCGGGCGCCGCUGCAGACUUCUACGGGCCCAGCACGAAUGCCUCUUCGUCCAAACCCCCACGACCAUCGAGCUCGUCCAUGCCCGGUGCCUUCAUCGACGACGCCCCGACGCCUCAGAAGCCACCGCGGCCCGCAUCUUCAUCGAGACCCAACAAGUCCAGCACCUUUGGCCCAGCUGCUACUGCGGCCGGCGGAGCUGCCCUUGGAUAUGCCAUGGGCCACAGCUCCUCUAAUCACGAACACUCUACGAGCUACAGCUCAUCGAAUGUUCGUCCUUCUACAUCAUACUCUUCUUAUACUAAUAAUACCCCCCCGGCUGCUCCGGCUUCCACGUACAACAUGUACGGCCCGGGAUCUAAUGCUUCUAAUACCGCUGCCAACGACGGCAGCUACCUCCCACCCUAUGCUGCAGCCGCCACCUACGGCGUGGAAGGCGCGCCUCCACCAAAGCCACCUCGGCCUGCCAAGCCAGAGAAGCACUCGUCUGGCAGCAUUGCUGGACUGUACGCUGCCGGUGCCGCGGGACUGGCCGCUUAUGGCUUACACCAACACAAUUCACAUUCACACACCCACUCCAACACCCACACCCACUCGCAUAGCACCUCACACCAUCAUUCCUCGACGCACGGUCCCAACGGACAUCAUCACAAUGGCCUCACACCCAGUCCAUACAUCUCAGGUGGCAUGGCUCACCAGCAUCAGCACACUGGGCCUGUUUCCAAGUUUGUCGACUGGUGGAAAGACUACGAAGAUGUGCAGAAGAUGGAAGAGUACACCGAGUACAUCGGAGUUUGCAAGGGUUGCUUUGACCCUCGCUCUUCCGUUCUGGACGCUCCACGGAAGCACCACUACUACAAACGGCGUUCCAAUGAGUUUAUGCGACCCACUGGUGGCAUUGAGAAGCAAUCUCGAUACUCGCUCAAGGAGAAGAAGUCGUGGGGCUCAAUCUCUUCAGGCGAGGAGCGUCGCAAGAACAAGAGCAGUGCCGCAGGCUGGGUAGCUGCAGGCCUGGGCGGCAUUGGCUUGGCCAAGGCUGGAAAGGCUGUCUUCAGCGCGGGCCGCGACGACUUUGACGACACAUACAGCAUCAAGUCCGGUCGGUCAAGGGUUUCACGACACAGCCGUAGCAGAUCAGGGGAUCGCAAGAGUUAUAGCUAUGGUAGCUCUGGCAUCCGCCACCGAAGCAAUUCUGCCGACCGCAUCUCCGUCAUGUCAGUAGGCGUUACGAACGACAAAAAGGACCGUAAGGAUCACAAGGUUGUUCGCCGUCAGUCUCGAUCACGCCGUUCCCGAUCAAGCUCAACCUCAAGUUCCAACUCCGGACGUGGCAAGACGGGUCUGAUCGGUACUGCCAUUGGUGCAGGUCUUGCAGGCGUCGCCCUUGGAGCGGCCACAAAGAAGAAGCAACACAGCCGAUCCAGGUCGCCGAAGAGGGUUCAGGUGGUUCAUCACCGGAGAGACAGCAGUGACGAUGAGCGUCGUAGGAGGAGAUCCCAUCAACUCCGACACAAGGCAUCUCGAAGCUCAACAUCCGGAGCUUCUGUCAUCGAGAUUGGCCAGACUCACGAGCCCCAGGGUGGCUUCCUUGGAGGCUUCUUCUCUGCACCUCCGCCAAAGGAGAAGCGAGUGAAGACAACCAAUAGUCUGAAGAAGAAGAAGAAGGGCUUCUUCAGCUUCAGCAACGCUUCAACGUCUUCAUCCGACUCCGAGAUGGCAUUCGGCACCGGCUACGUAAGGAGGACGCGCAGACGAUCAUCGCCGAAGAGACGAAACUCCGAUGAGCGAUUGAAAGCCUCGCUGAUUGGUCUCGGCGCUACGGCUGCUGCUAUCACAGCCGCGAAAGCCGGCAAAGGCAAACGCCACAACGAGGUUGUCGCGGUCAAGGAGAACCGUCUCGGUCGCAAGGCCAGUCAAACGUCACGACCCGGCUCGCGUUAUGGAGACGACGAGUGGGAGGACUUGCCGGACGAUGGUACCUCCGACUCAUCGAGCGAUGGGGGUCUCGUAUACGGUGAUUACUCCCUGAAGAAAACCAAGAGCAACGAGUCAGUCGGAUCCAACCACUCAGGUACGAACAAAUGGGGCUGGCGAUGGGGCUUUGGCAAAAAGAGAAGGUCUUCGAACAAUCUCUAUGACAACAUCGCCAGUACGUCGCUCCUUGGGCCUGCCGCAGCGGGCGCUGCAGGUGCCUUGACUGGCGCAGCUGUUGGAGCUGCCCACGGACACCACGACAGCGAGUCUAGCAGCGCCCAAACAUUGCAGUCGGUCUAUCCCGUUGCACCCCAUGACCCCAAUGCGUCGUUCGAUGCACGCCGUACAAGCUCCAUCGUCACCAACCAGCCUAUUGUCACCUCAGGACCUGGUCCCAUCCCUAUUCAACACCCUCAGCCAGUGCAACAAGUCCCCGGCGCCAUCUACUCAACACAAGCACCAUCACAAUCUGGGUACACCACCUCAGCAGGUCCUUCAGACUUCCCACCAGCACCUUACCCACCUCCGUACCCCACCCAGUCUCAAGUUCAGAACAUUAUCAUUCAAAGUCCUCAGCAUCCUGCAUUCCGUCGGGCAAACUCUUCUCCCAUCCAAAGCUCGUCAUGGAAGCGAGACGCGUCUAUUGCUGGACUUGCAGCGACUGCCGGAUUUGCAGCAGUUUCUGCGCUGAAACACCCCGACCGCCCUCCAAGCCGACCGCCGUCCGCAUCUAGCAAUGUUCGCUUUAAUCUGACACAAGAGCAGGCAGAGAAGGACCUCCGUGAGCGACGUAAGGAGCAGGAGCGACUAGACGAGGAGGCCGAGCGUCGCCGGGAACAACAGAGACGCGACGAUGAGGCCCGUCGGGAAGAGGAAGACCGAGUACGUCGAGAGCAGCUACGACAAGAGGAAGAGGCCCGACGAGCGGCACUUGUGCUCCGUGAGGAAGAGGAUCGCCUGCGCAGAGAACGGCAGCUACAAGAGGAUGAGGCUCGACGGAUUGAAGAAGACCGUCGGCAGACAUUGCUCCGUUUAGAGGAAACGACACGCCAAGAAGAAGCGCGACGCCGAGACGAAGACGAGCGACGUCGCCUGGAGCUGCAACGGCAGCAGGAGGAGGCUCGCAAGUUCAUGGACAUCGAACGCUUGGCGAGGCUCGAGAACGAACGCCGUCGCGAACAACAAGAGGUUCAGGCACGCCUCGCUCGAGAAGCCGAAGAUCGGGAGCGUCAUCAACGAAUGUCUCAAAUGGAGCACCAGCGUCAGCUUGCCAUUGAGGCCGCGGAGGCAGAGCGGAAACGGAGAGAGCGACGUGAAUCUCAACAACAAGAAGCUGAGCGUCUCGAUGCCGCGAGACGCGAAGCUGAGAUUCAAGAGGACAUGGAGCGCCGACGCAGGGAACGCGAAGCUCAGGACUACACCGACCGAUACGAGAACGACCGAGCUCGGAAACUUGAACAGCAGCCAACAGGAGAUUCAAUGGCUUCGACUGCCACUGUUGUACAACGCAAGGAGCAGGAGCUGCAAGACCGCGAACGGGAGGCUUUCAAGUCUGACAAGAAGUCUUCCGUUGCUGGCGCUGUAGCUGCUGGUGCUGCUGCAGCAAUCGCAACUGCCGCGAUCAAGGACUACAAGGACAACAAGGACAAGGAGAAGGAGAGGGAGCGCGAGAAGAAGCGCGACAGCAAGUCAUCUUCUUCAACGAAGAGCAGCAAAAGCGAAUCCUCCUCCUGGAAGCGCAGCAAGAAUGAGUCAUCUUCGUCGAAGAGCAGCAAGAGUGAAUCUUCAUCCUCGAAGAGUAGCAAGAAGCGGGAGCCAACCAGCGUCAAGACUAUCGAGCCCAGCAAAGUCAAGCAGGACAUUUUUGACGAAGACAUCUUCAAUCCCGAUAUGUUCAAGCAGAAGGACAAUUCAAGGCAAGAAGCUCGCGAAGUCCUACAAGAUUGGGAACAGAGGUACUAUGCUAAGCCAGUAUCUCAAGCUGAAUUCUUCGCACCGGAAGAGCUCUUGGCCAACGACAACCUGCCCAAGGUCCGCCCAGUAGACCCGAACGAGGGUGCUCCAGACCUCCCCGUCUACCAAUCUUGGGAAGACUAUCCUGUCAGCCAACCCAAGGUCCCUCCUUAUCCUCCAUCGUACGCAUUCACCGCCACCAGAAAUGGCCGAUCUUCUCAACCACAACCGCCACCGCCAGUCCCAUCGUUGAACCUCAUCUUGCCUACUCCUCCCGGUAGUCGCACGCCUUCCGUGCGCAGUGCAUCUGCCCCUCCGUCGCCAGCAAUGGAGCCCAUCAGAGAGGUUAGAGAGACAAGACGCGAGCCAAGAGAUGACGAAUCGAACCGAGCAAGGUCUAGGGUAAGCUGGGGCGAGAACCAGUUCCACCACUUUGACGUCCCUACGCCGGAAUCCUACCGGGAGCAAUUCGUCUCAGAUGGCGAUCUCAAGUCGCGUGAAGCCACGGUCGAGCGCGAGUCGCCCAAGCCCGAACAGACAACUUCCACAUACACACCCUACCGCCCCGAGAUGUCCAGAGUCCUUGAGAGCAAGGAUACUGCACCAAGCACACAGUACAUUCGGGAGGAGAAGGACUCUAGCUGGGACAGUGUCGUAGAUGCUGCUUCUAAGAAGAGCAACAAGAAGGAGAAGAAGUCUGCUGCUGCAGCAGCAGCAGCAGCACUGACAACCGCAGCGAUUCUUUCCCGAGAUCAGCGAGAUCAAGAGGACGAGCGUAGCUUCAGACGCGACAAUCCGACUGCAUCUGCCCUGAGCAACCCGACUGCGUCCAAUCUCAGCAGUGCGACUUCGUAUGAUUUCAGCGAUCCAACUGCGUCUACCGUGAGCACUGCCGUCAGCAAUGCAACUGCAGCUGGGUUCAGCAAUCCGACUGCGUCUUCCCUGAGCAACCCGUUUUCCGAUGGAAACAGGGCCCCAUCAACUAUCGCUCCAUCGAUUAUCUCAGCUGCCCCAUCUUCCACAGUCACUCCUUCCAUCAUCUCAGCUGUGCCAUCUACGAGCAGCGUUCAGACGGCAUACUGGCAGCCUGAGCCAGAGCGAGACGCGUGGAGGGCGCCCCAACAGACUACAGUGGGACCCGGCUUUGUUGAAGGCGAGAUUCCCACACCGCCAGUGUCGAUGCACAUGCCCGGCGGCUGGGACGACAUACCUGACCCUGAGGUGCUUGCAGAGCAGCCUCCAGUAUCGUCCUCGAAGAAGGACACAAAGGGUAAGAACAAGGCUAAUGAUACUGACGAAGUUGUAGCUAUGCAGAAUGUUUCUCGACGUGGAGAACCAACACCGACAGUGAAAGAGAGGGAAGCCGAGCCAGAGGCCAAGCUCAGCAAGAAGGAAAAGAAGGACAAGAAGAAGAAGUCCAAGUCAUCCAAGCGAGCCAGUGUGGACACUUGGGAGAUGAGUGAUCCCAGUCCGCCGUCCAGCCCGAUCAUCGACCGCGAUCCUAGGGACAUUGAGCCCUCCCGAGAUCCCAGGGAUAUUGAGCCCUCUCGAUCUGCCGAAAACUCACGUUUCGCCGACUCUUCUCGCUCAACUGAGCCAUCUCCAUCCGUUGAACCACCACGUCUAGGAGAAGCAUUCCAAGAGUCCACCAGUCCUCCGAAGAAACCCGCGCGACAAGGUGAGAGCAGCGGCAGUAAAGCCUCCACCGCUGCCAUGGCCGGUGGUUUCGCUGCUCUGAUGGGCAUGACCAUGAACCAGGAUCAAAACAGGAUGGCUUCGGAUGCCGAGCGUGCCAGGAAGGAUCUUGAGUCCACAGAGAAGCACCAUUCACGCGACUCUCCUGUAUCUCCACCGAAUGGCGCACGUGCACUCGAACGUCAUGAGAAGAAUGUGACAAUCCCAAGCUACGCAUUCGAGGGCGUUGACGAGCUGGCCGAUAAGACACCCAGGCCGAAAGUCCAGAAAAGACACAGCAGUGGCAAAUGGUCACCUAGCAUCAGUUCUCCUCUCAGGACCGAGACGACGUAUGACGACUAUAUAAACGCCCGCACUAUUUCCGAUCCCUCCAGAUACCAAACGAUGGUCGAGGCCCCAAAGGUUCCCACCGCGGCGCCGUUCACAGCGGCACCUGAUCCCGUCACUGCUCGUAACGUAACUGACUCUGGUUAUUAUGCUCCCGACGAUGUGCCGAGCAGGGCGGGUAACGAAAAAGAAUCGAAUGGAUUCUAUCCUGCAGACUUCAACGAGGAGGCGAAGGACAGGCACUCACGGCACGAUCGUGACCAGGAUGUCGAUGACAGAUACGAUGAUGACUUCGACGACAGACCACGCAGGUACGAUGAUGACGAUGUGGGCUCAAUCGCUUCUCUGAGCUACAAGUACGACGACCCCGACCGCGAGGAGAGACGCCGUAGACGUCGCGAAGCCAGGUCAGAGACACGUGAGAAGAGCCAUGACCGCGGUUACGAUCUUGAAGAGGGUGGUGAACGGAGGCGAAGACAUCGCCGCCACGAGGCUGAUGAGGGCGCUGACGACUGGGACACGAAAUCCGCCAUCUCCGAGACUGGCGAGCGACGACGCAAGCACAGGAGAAGGGAUGGGGACAGAGACGCAUCACCCGAGACUAAGACUAGAUCACGCUCGUCAGCAGCUUCCGAACUCGGCGACUACGAUGAUGAUCGCAAGUCCUCCCGGAGACGAUCCAAACGAGACGAUGACAUGGUUUCAGUCGUGUCCUCUAUCCCGGAUUUAGACGAGGAUCGCAGCUCGAAGAGAGAGAAGGAGAAACGCCCAAGUGGCUUCCUGGGCCUUUUCAGCAGCAAGUCGAGGGAGAACUUGAAUGAAGCUUCAAGCAAGUCCUCAAAAUCUAGAGACGACGACGAUGAAGAACGCAAACAUCGUAGACGGAAGCAUCGGUCGGAUCGCGGUUCUACCUACGGCGGCUCAGACGAUGACGACAUGCGCUCCACGAUCUCGACCAGUAGUCGACGCGAAAAGAGGAGCAGCCGCAGUCGUAGCGAGAGAGGGGAUGGAGACAGGACGGAUGCUUAUGAUGACAAGGUACAUCGCUCUUCUCAUGUGCGAUAGCACCGUUGUUCGCAAUGUAUUUAGAAUGAAUGUUGAUGUCGUGUUUAUAGGAUCUCUUACAACCUCGAACCCCGCCCUCGCAUGCCGAU